CUGCAGCCAGAAAGUUUCAUCACAUUUUAAUAACAUCUGACUUCCUGUUGAAAUGUCAGCUGAGUGGGGGAUUUUUACAAAAAGUGAUGAUUUGUUGUCAACCCCUCACAUUUGUUUUCUUUUCCUAGAAAAAAACACACAUGCACACACAUACAGAGCUUCUUUUUCAUUCUUUGCCAGUAAUUCUCAAUGCUGGAUGAUAGUUCUAAGCAAAAGAUACUUUGGAGAAGCUGUGAGAUUCUGCACUGGUAACUACAUCACAGUGCAGAAAAGUGAGGGUUAUCUCUAACUACAUCAGGAAAGCAGAAAAGAGAAGGGCAACAAUAAAUGUCUAAUAGGAAUGGAAAACUGAGUCUGCCUGGGAACCAGCGGAAAAUACUUUGUACUUGGCUUCAAGAUGUGAAUGCAGUGGAUGGUACUGUUUCUGCUGUCUGUCUGAUCUGUGGAACAUAACAGCUGUGAAAUGGAAUUGUGGCAUUUCUGCAUUCUGCUCACCUAUCUGUUUGCAGGGUUCGCUCAUUCACUUUCCUCUAAGAAGUGGCUGCAAGGGACUCUGGGAAAAUCAUUACUUCUUCCAGCUGAUAUCCCUCAAGGCUUCCAGGUCAGAGAAGCAAGCUGGCGGUUCUUGUCUACAACAGAGGACAUUCUUGCCUCUUUCUUCAAAGGAACAGUGGAAAUGAUGUAUAAGUCAAGAUUCCUUAAUCGAACUCAUUUGCACGAAAACUUCAGUUUACAAAUUAGUGAUCUCAGGAUAGAAGACAGUGGGGACUUUGAACUAAGGCUGGUUAACUCGGAAGGUGGGAAAAGGACUCAGGACUUUGCCAUCACUGUUUAUGAGGCUGUUUCAAAGCCUAGGAUUCAUUUAUACAGCAUGGGAAAUGACAUGCCUUCAUGUAGCAGUCAAUGGAACAUCUUUCUGGUUUGUUCUGUGAUGCAUGGAAGCCAUACAGCUUUCACAUGGAAAAAAGGAGCUAUUGCCAUACCAAAUAACAAUGAAGUAUCAAUACUGGAUGAAGGAAGGAUCCUGCACACAUCACUAGGUCCUCAGGAUGUUAAUGUGUCAUACUCCUGUACUGUAGCAAAUGCUAUCAGUAAUGACACAGAGACCAUCAUUCCACGGAAAACCAAUGACUGCAAAUUAGAAUCUAGAAAAAGACAUGAGAAUGUAAACUACUGUUUCCUUCUGAGUAUCAUUCUGCCAGCAUGUGUGGUGAUUCUGUGUGCUCUUGCCACAAUUUUACUAAGCAACAAGAAAUGUAGAGAUAAUAAGAAUUCUAAACCUAUUGACGAUGACUGUGCUUUGCCAAGCCUACGUGAGGUGGAAAGCUUACAUGAGGAUGGCAACUUGGUUCCAAGUGCAUCACUGUCCGACAGUUUUGAGCUCCGUGAAGAUGAACUCUGUCAGAAUAACUAAAGAAAGUGAUAGGAGUAAAAUUAAGAAGAAAAUUAUCAUAUGAGACAGAAAAUAUCACAUUACUGGCAUUAUUACCAGUUACUAAAAAGGAAAACUUGAAAAACUUCAAAUUGUUUGCAUUGUGAACUACCAGUUACCAUUUCCACUUCAUGAGUUAGCAAUUUCAGUGGGAAAGGUAAAAGUACAUUAUAUUGGAUACUAAAUAAAUAUUCAGCAGAUCAGUUUCUGAACCCUCAUCUUUAGAGGAAAAAAUGCCUUCAUAAAGACAACCAAAUAUCCAGAUGUUCACAUUGGAACUAAAGAACCCAUUGCCGAUCCAGUCCCCAGGUUAAGGACAUUAAUUAGCAUUUUAAAAAAAUAUGAAACUUGUAGUUGUUUAUGUGGACUUGUGUAUGCAGUAUGGAGAUGUUCGAUUAAGGAAGAUGCCAGUAAGAUGGUGCAAAUAGAUUUCUUUGAUACCAUACCAUGGAUACACUUGGAAACAGCAUAAUGACACUAACAAAAACAAAGAGACUAUUUCCUUCAGUGAAAUACACAAGCUCAGACAAAAUCUUUUUAGUAAAAUGUACCGCAAAUACAACGUUGCAAAGGAAUACCACAAAUCUGCCUGUGGUUAUAUGAUCUUAAUGAAAACAAUACAUAUAACAUAUACUGGUUACUGCAGCCAGAAGUUCCACUAAAAAGACAAUAUUUGUUUUUAUGAAAAACAUUAAUGAAAAGUAUAUUGUGGGUUAUUGCUACAAGAUAAUACAUGCAUUCAGAUUCAUGUACAUGAAUAGAAAAUCAGUUUACAAAUGCAGUAGCACUGCCCAGACAGAAACAGAGAUUGCACGCUUUGCUUACAAUAAAGACUAUUUUGUGAA